CGCUUUUGUUUACGAUUAACUACGUACAUACCAUGAACAUGGUAUAGUUAGCCAAAAUUUAAGAUUGAUAAUACUAUUUAUGUUAGAAACGCAGUUAAAACAAAGGUAACCAUACUGAAGCCAAGUAAUUAUAGGAUUUAUUUACGUUUAAAGAGAAAUGGGGCUAAGUAGAGUCAUCAUUGGCUUUCAAUCGGUUGAUACUGACGCGUGUUACAGAUUCUGAUCAUAGACAAUUCAGCUCUACCUUUUACAUAAAAACAUUUCAUAUCGACACUUAUUACAUGAAUACCUUACAUAUCAAGGAGUUACUUUAAGAAUGGAUUGGGCGGUGGUAGCAAAAAAUUGCCCUACAGCUAGGCUUGAAACAAAAACCGAGAUCUCUUUUGUAUAUCAAUAUGAAAAUCUUCUUUUGGCAGGAGAAUCCUCUGGCCAAGUUUUGGUGUUCACAAUCCGAGAGAAUGGAGAUCUUGACUAUACCGAACGCCUUCUAUAUCACAAACAUCCUAUUAGCUCGCUGCUAUGCUUUCCGUUUGAGGUUGACGGAUUUGUCGAUCUUGUGAUCCUUAGCUUGGACGAGUCUGGACUCCUAUGCCAGUGGCUUUUAAAAUCCUGUAAAUGUCGUGCAAAAAUUCAACUUUAUGAUGGCCUAUGUCUACAACUAUACUUGUUAGAUCCAAACUACGUUUGCGUUUGUGGUACCUAUUUAUCAAUUUACAUUAUACAUCUAGGGAACUUUAGUAUAGCCAGCACCUGGAUAAACCAUGAUAACUGGCCUAUAAUGAUUCCCUACAAAGAAAAAUCCAAUAACAUUCCUGUUGGCUAUGUCGAUGGGUCGGUUUCUCUUUGGUCUGCAAAGUCGACUUCUUUGGAGUUUGAAAAAAAAGUAACUUUUAAACCAAUUGCAAAUAAAAAACUUGGUAACCUAGUCUCCAUUCAAUCUGCUAAAGAUUUAUCCAAAGGUCUCCACAUUUUUGUCUACGAGUCUGGGAUUUCUAUAGUUCGUGAUUUAGAAAAAUGCGAGUGCUACUUUUAUAAAGAGCAGGUCACUUCAGUUUUACUAAUAAAAACAGGGGUAAUUUUUCUUUUCACUCUUUCUGAGAUGCUUCUGCUAAAAUUAUCCUCGGAUUCAGUUUUCAAGUUGCAUGUAGUUAAUUCUUUCCCCGGUACAUAUCCAUGGAAGUCUACUUUUCUUUACAACGAGGAGCCUGUAAUCCUGAAUAAAUAUUCUUCUAAAAUUACUCUUGAUUGGAUAAUGAGUAACGAUCGGCAAUCUUUCCUUUUAGGUCCUCAUCUAAACCAGGACGUUAUCACAUCUGCAUAUAGCUAUAAUCUCAACCUGUUUUUGGGAAGAGCAAAUGGAAUGGCAAUGUAUUCCCUUUUUGAUUGGUAUAUACAUAAUGAUCCGUUUCCCAUUGAAUCCUUUCCAAGCGUGAAAGGAUUGGUAACCUACAUGAAAAUCUUUGAAAAUGAUCCUUCUGAAAUUGUGCUAGUUGUGAUUACUAAGGAUGGAAAUGGCUAUUUUUAUAAACUGUUACAUCACGAGCGUUGGCAAUAUAUCUGUAAUCGUACACUGAACUCCUUAUGUAUUUUACAAGUGGUUUUUCUGAGGAAGGUCAUGUCUUCAAAACAAAGCGGAGUAUAUAUUUUCAUUGGAUUAGAUGGGUCAUUAACAGCACUUGAUGAGCUUUUUAAUGUUCUCGGAUUUCUACCGUCGGAUGGAUCGCAGCCAAAAGGUAUUCAUUAUUAUCAAGCAUCGGAUUCUCUACUAGUCUCCUAUGAGAAUUUUCAAUCAGUAGAAUGGGAGAUUUUAAAGCAAGAAGUACAUGAAGUGAGACAUAAUUCUGUCACGGAUGCGUCCUUUGUAUCAACCAAUCUUGGUAAACACCGUGACCCAGUAACGAGUAAUCGUGGCACAUAUUCUAAGAUAACGGAUGGCCUCUUGAUCACCUAUUUGAAUACUAAAGCGCUGGUCAACAAUCUUAAUUUCUCCAAUGAGACCUACGUCGAAAAGUCUUGCAUAGAUGAGUUCCUUGAUUUUAUUCAGCCUCCAUUUUUGAACGUAGAAAAUGAAGCUGAUAUGUUAUAUCAGUCCAGUAUAACUAAUCGUUCAUGUAUUCAUCUUGGUGUCGGAAAGGAUGAUGGAAGCGCAAUAAUAAGAUGCAAUUCUUCGAUGCGGUCAGUUACUUCUGAAGCACCUUUUUGCUCUGCGCUUUUGCUCCAUUUAUAUUUUUCCUUGCUUUUGCCGAUAUGUAAAUAUGAUGGCUUAAGUGAACAUCAAAUCAAAGAAGGAAUAUUGCUAAACCUUGAGGAAAUCACUUCUACUGAAUAUAGCCUACCUGCUUUAACAUACGUAUGGAGUAAUUCCGAUAAAAAUGUUCAAGAGAUAAUUCGAUUUGUAUUAUUGCGAAUUGCUAAACUGACUCCUAGCGAUGAACUACAAAGAAUUAUACAUUACUUUUUUGAAGUUUUCCGCUCUUUCCGAGAACACUACUAUCUGGAUACUGAAAUUGAGCAUUCUUUGUACGUAUUAUCCAUUUUGGCAGAAUUAUAUCCUUAUGUAUUUGAUGAUCAUGAACUAAAAUCUUUGUCCUCUUUUCUAUUACAAAAAGCCUCUGAUUAUGAAAACGAUCAUGUUGCGCUUCGAUUAUUAAGUAAUGGCUUUUCGGUUUUUUCUAAACAUAUUGAUCCCGCAAAGUUGAUUCACUAUAUGUCAUUAUCGGCGUCAGUCCAUGACCAAGAUCUAAAAGACGAAAAUAGUAUGCUUUUUAGAUCAAUCGUUGAUGUUUCCUCUAGUAAUUCGAUCCUUUUAUUAACCUGUUUAUGCAAUGAAGUUUACGACCUAACAAAAUCCAAGCUUCGACAAACAAUUUUGAAAAUCAUGAGCUUGGCCAUUAAAAAUACGGAGCAUAAUUUUUUCUUAUUCAAUCAUCUAUUAAGGGAAAAAUUAAUACCAAUCCUUAGUGCCAAUCGUUCUUCAAAUGAAGCUACUGAAAUAACAAAAGCAAUAUCAGAAAGGUUUCCUUUCGUGUGUUUUGACGAAAGACUUGAAAAAUAUUCAUACAUAGAAAAUGGGCUUUUAACUGUGUAUGAUAUUCAAAAACGAAAGAAGAUUGUUAGCUCGGAAUCGGUUGAUGGUGAUUUUCAGUUAUUAUCGGCAAACCCAGCUGGUGAAUGUUUUAUUGGAGUUAGUCCAAUGAAAAAAGAAUGUAUAGUUUGGAGAAUGAUGUAUGAAAACGGAACAUUUUUAAACUCAUAUGGUACAAUCCUGAGGAUUGUUAAACGAGUUCUUUUGCAGACAAAUUCGGAUUACGAAAACGAGAGUCCUAAAGUCCUUUGGAUUGGCCAGGCGUCCGCUGAGAUUCAGGUGGGAAGUACGAUUGCCAUAGUUGAUGUAUAGGAUUGAAUGCUUUUUCUAAGAAUAAAUUUCGUCCAUUCCACUAAACCAACGAGCAAUUCGUUGUAUUUCUGAGGGCAUAAAUCUCAAUAGCGGCAUGAAACGAACAUAUAGUGGGUGAUAAAAUCGACCGCUUUGAUUAUUCAUUAGGUUUUGUAGUAUUAUAUGGGCAAUGUCAUUCGAAUUCAACAGCGGAGCUAAUAUUUUAUUUGGCGUAUCUUUAUCAAACAUUGUUGAUUUGAAUUGGCCAAGGGAGUAUAACGAUAACUUUAUGGGUACAUGCAUUUGCCUAGUUUCCACUUCUAAUGUUUCAUGCAGAGACAAUAAAGCAGCUUUCGAACAAGAAUAAGCAGCUAAAAUAGAUGUUAAUAGGAGGGGGCGAUAAAUAAAACAGAUGAAUAUGCAUACCGACUCCAGAGGCACUGAAGUAAGCCAGAGCUGAUGUUACGUUGAUGAUAUGAGGCUCUACCGACAGAAACAACGACGGGUACAGCAUCUUUGUUAUGUUAAAUUGUCCAAUAGUAUUUACAUGGAUACAUCUGAGAAUUGUUAGCUAAUAACGUCUGAAAUUAACGAACCUUGCAAGUUGCUUGCUACUCAUAUCAAACAGUCUAUUCUUCGGCGCAAUUGCUCCCGCAUUGAUAAGAGCGAAUGGCUUCGCACGAAUGGUUUCCAACUUUUUAAGGAAAUUGUUUAUACUCUCUUCUUCCGUAAUAUCACAUACGAUUGGAAUUACAUCUGGGAUAUCCUGAAAAAAGUCUGGAGAAUAUUCGACAUCUAAAGAUAUUACAAGAAGACCAAUGUUGAUGGCUUGCGAAAUUAAUGAUCGUCCAAGAACUCCAUUGCCUCCAGUUAUCACUAUGGAGCCACCUUGACGAUUUGGAGGAGUUGACUUUCUAACAAAACGACGGCUGUAGAAUGCAAUGAAAAGCAAUAUAAAAAAGGGA